CCUCUAUUCCUGCGUGCUACCACAACUACUACUGUCUACCUACCGACGACUAGUAAGUAACGCGAAGAAGGGACAAUAAAAAGGGACAAGGGUUGCGCAGAUCCAAACCAAAAGAAAGGAAAGAAUUUCAUGUCAACCAUCGAUAUCAAUAUCAUCGCUCCUCGUCCUCAUGUCGCCAUUACAUGCAAAGCUGCGGUGGCGUGGGGAGCUGGAGAGUCAUUGGUGAUGGAGCAAGUGGAAGUGAGUCCGCCACAAGCCAUGGAGAUUAGAAUUCAAGUUGUCUCCACCUCUCUCUGCCGCAGUGAUUUCACUGCUUGGCAAUCCCAUGCUAUUUUUCCUCGAAUAUUUGGCCAUGAAGCAUCGGGGAUUGUCGAGAGUGUGGGGCAAGGAGUGACUGAAUUCAAAGAGGGGGACCAUGUGCUAACUGUAUUUACUGGAGAAUGCAUGCAAUGCAGACAAUGUACAUCAGGCAAAAGCAACGUCUGUGAAGUUCUGGGGUUGGAAAGAAGAGGUGUGAUGCAUAGUGAUCAGAAGACACGGUUCUCAAUAAAUGGAAAGCCUAUCUAUCACUAUUGUGCGGUCUCAAGUUUCAGUGAAUAUACAGUGGUGCACUCUGGAUGUGCUGUCAAAGUGAGCCCACUGGCACCUCUGGAGAAAAUAUGCCUUCUGAGUUGUGGAGUAGCUGCAGGUUUGGGUGCAGCUUGGAAUGUUGCUGAUAUAUGUAAAGGAUCAACUGUGGUGAUUUUUGGACUUGGAACAUUGGGCCUUUCUGUCGCACAAGGUGCCAAACUUCGGGGGGCAUCUCGAAUAAUUGGUGUGGACACUAAUCCUGAGAAGGGUGAAAUUGCAAAGGCUUUUGGAAUAACAGAGUUUCUUGACCCAAAUGACUCUAAUGAACCUAUUCAACAGGUUAUUAAGCGUAUCACUGGUGGAGGGGCAGAUUACUCGUUUGAAUGUAUAGGUGAUACUGGAAUGAUAACAACUGCAUUGCAGUCAUGUUGUGAUGGAUGGGGUUUGACUGUUACUCUUGGCGUACCAAAAGAAAAGCCAGAGGUGACAGCUCAUUAUGGACUAUUUCUUACUGGAAGAACAUUAAAAGGUUCUCUAUUUGGUGGAUGGAAACCUAAAUCUGAUCUGCCCUCAUUAGUGGAAAAGUAUAUGAAGAAGGAAAUUCAGAUCGAUGAAUUCAUUACUCACAAUAUUCCAUUUGAAGAUAUCAACACAGCUUUCAAUCUCAUGAGAGAAGGAAGGUGUUUGCGUUGUGUUAUUCACAUGCCAAAGUAACUUUUUUUUUCAUCAAGGAUCUGUUUAGAUUCGUUUAUUUUGCUGAAAUUAAAAACUUUUUGCAGAAAGUACUGUAAAUAAAAGUAAAAGUUAACUGAAAUAGUACAGUGGAAUCCAUGAAUAAUAUCAAAAAGUACAAUGGGAUGUAUGCUGAAUAGUAAAAUAAGUUAGCAAAAAUAAUUUUUGCCAAACGCACGCUAAAUUGGUUUUAAUGGAAAUAUUGCUUGGGAGCAUCUAUAUGAGAGAAAA